AUGAGCCUCAACGCCACCAUCCGCGACGCAUUCUCCGCCAUCACCUCAUCCUCCGACGACCUGAUCCGGCAAUGUCUCCCCGACUCCCCCACCCUUCUCUUCUCCGACCCCGAAAAAGCUCUUGAGCUCGCCGACGCCAAACUACACGUCUUCCCCUUCAAGGAUGUGCACCUUUGCUGGCGCAGGCUGUACACAGACGCGUCCAUCGUGAAAGUCUGUUUCACGAUCAUCCGCCACUGCAACCUUGCGCGACUCGACUACAACCUGCAACCCGACCCCCACCACCUCCUCGAACAGCUCAACAAUAAUGCAGACCCAAAGAUCAAGAUCAGUCCGCAUGCGGGAUGGCUCUCCGAGGCCAUCCACGCCCUCGACAAGGCUCUCAUAAUGACCGGCGCCCCGCGCCGCGAGAAGCUCAUCGAAACCCUGCUCUCCGCGCUGCAGGCCGCAACAGACGAUGACCAUAAACACCACGACACGGACGACAGCGACGCGCAGCAACCCCAAUCCAAGCGCAGAAAAUACUCGCCUCCCCUCUUUCCGCCCACUGCCGUCCCCGAGCCUCGUCUGGAACAUCCCAUCGCGCGCGUAUCGGCUCCAUCCUUCGACUCCAUCGAGCACCAUAUCCACAAUAGUCGCACUCCGCUUGUCAUUACGGGAGCUGUGGACCACUGGCCCGCCCUUUCAACCCGGCCGUGGGCCUCGCGCGACUACUGGUGGGAUCGCACGUUCGGAGGCCGCAGACUCGUUCCCGUUGAGGUGGGACGCUCGUAUACUGAUGAGGAAUGGGGGCAGAAGAUUAUGCCUUUCAAGGAGUUUGCAGAUACAUAUAUCUGGCAUGGCGGGCUGGAGCCCGGUCAUGCGGACCAAAAGACCGCUGGUGCUGAAGGGAUUGAUGCCCAGACGGGGUAUAUGGCUCAGCAUGAUCUUCUUGCUCAGAUCCCGGCCCUGCGAAAAGAUCUCAGUGUCCCGGACUACUGCUAUAUCGAUCCUCCCGCCGCGGAGCCGGGAACCCCGGUUUACCUGAGCAAGCUCAAUAAGCGCAAGGAGGCACCGUCCAAGACUUCCAGGUCAAAAUCUUCUCAAGACAAGCCGUCACCUGUUGUCAUGGGGGAGACAGACAACGUCCCAGACGAAGAAGGCCCAGGCGAGGUGAUGGCUCUCCCCAGUGAUCCAAUAAUCAACACCUGGAUCGGUCCAGCAUGGACCAUCUCCCCACUGCAUCACGACCCAUACCACAACAUUCUCGUCCAGGUGGUAGGGAGCAAGUACAUCCGUCUAUAUUCACCACAUACGCCCGCGCACCAGAUCCAUCCCCGCGGUCAGGAAUGGGUUGCAUCGUCCGAUGCAUCCGCGAAAUCGAAAGACAGAAGGGCAGACGACGAGAAGGAGGAGGGGGAGGUCACCCAUAAACUCAUCGACAUGUCCAAUACCUCCAAGGUGGACCUCGCUGCUAUUGAACUGUCGCCGGCCGAGUACGAGCAAUGGGAUGACAUGUGGCCCGGGUUCAUGGAGGCGGAGUAUGUCGAGACGGUCCUCCAUGAGGGUGAGUGUUUGUAUAUUCCCGUGGGAUGGUGGCACUAUGUGCGCGGGUUGAGGGCCGGGGUUAGUGUGAGUUUCUGGUGGGGAUGA